UGUCAACAGCUCUCAACACCACAUUCAUUUAUCCUCUUUGUCUUCUUCGAUACCCAACAAAAUCAUCCCUAUUACCCUCACCCACUCCACCCUCUCUUUCCUUCGUUAUUUCCAAUUCUGAAACUCAAAUCUCAAAACGAUUUUAGAAAGAAAAAACCCCCCCCAAAAAAAUCAAAGCCUUUUUUAACUUUCCUUCAAUGAAACGAAGGACCCCAGAUUCUCAGGCAACCGUCUCCGACCACAAAUUGAAGAAAAUCAAAGAAGAUGAAGAACCUGAGGAUACAAAAUCUGGGUUGAUGAAUUUAGAUGAAAAUCUUUUGUACGAAGUUUUCAAACACGUCGAUGCAAGGACUUUGGCUAGGGCUUCUUGUGUAAGCCGUCUAUGGCGCCAAACCGCCAAAGACGAGCGGCUUUGGGAGCUGAUCUGCACCAGGCACUGGGCUAACAUCGGUUGUGGAACCCAACAGCUUAGAUCUGUCGUUUUGCCUCUCGGCGGCUUCCGUCAGCUCCACUCCCGUUACCUUUGGACGUUUUCCAAGCCACAAGCCGCUUCGGCUUCCGCCUGGUCUCCGCCCAAGAUUAUCAACUCCAAACCGCCGGCACGGUGGGGGAAAGAUGAGGUCAAUCUAUGUCUCUCUCUUCUCUCUAUUCAGUUUUAUGAGAAGAUGAAUAACAGAGGCAGAUAAUUCUAAUUCUAAUUAAUUAAUUAAUUAAUUACUACUUUUAUAGUUUUAUAUAAUAAAUGGAUCAAAAUAUAAAUAUAUCACUUUAAUUUCACUUUUCUAGCUUUGGGUUUUGCUUGUUUUUGCUUGUUGUAUUGAUUUCCUCUAUUUUUGUUUGGGAUUUUACUCUCUCUUUUUUUAUGGAAUUUUUGUACUUAAGCUUUGGGGUUUUUUGUGAACACUAUAUCUGUUACUCUGUGCUAAUGUUAAAUUAUGAAAUGAAACAAUUGUUCCAUAAAAA